GCAGUUUAGGAGUCAUCUGAAGGCUUGAAAGUCCUGCAGCCCCUUUGCACCCUCUGAGCCUUCUGGGGGGAUGCUGAGCUCCAUCAGCUCGUGGCAGGAAAUGCUGCAGCUCCUGUCCUGUGUCACCAAGUUUCUGUUUGUGGCCUCACUCCUCUGGGUUUGUGUUUUGUGGUGGAGAACUGUCAGCUCAAUCCCUCAGAGGCAGCCUGUGCUGCUUUCAGCUGCUGCCUCCACAUUUGCUUAUACGAGGCUUUAAAAAAAGCCAUCAAUAUUUUAGUUUCCGUUCAAGCCUCUGCCUCGAAGCUUCCCCUUUUCAUUUCACUGUAGUGCCUAGAGCCAGCUAAUGAAAUAUCUCCCUCCUGCUUCAAAUUAGGUGUAAGAGACUUGUCAGAAGAUGAGGAGAAGCUGCUGAAUAAUCCUGGUAGUGUAAAAAUCGACAUUCUAUAAUGUCCCUAAUUCUCCUAAUUAAACAUGAUACAUGAGUGUGCUACGAGAGUCCUCCAGCUGCUGUGUAAUGAGAUGUUACAGGGACCAGUUUGCUGUUGGAUGAGGCUGGGUUAAACUCUAAUUAAAGCCUCGCAAAAGGCUAAGGAGUUGUCUGGUGUAAUUAAGAAACUUGUCUCACGUUCUCAGUGCUGCCACCCCCAGUGACCUGCUCCUGUGCCCCGUGGGGAACUGUGGGUCUCUCUGUCCUUAUCAGGUGUCUCCUUGGAAAUUUAUUUUAUUUUUAAUUUUUUUUUUUUUUUUAAUUUUCCUACCCAUAGUUUCAAAUUGCCGCAUCGCAGAGCAGUGGCACGGCCUUGGCUGGGCAGAGGCGUGGGGUUCAGGGUGUGUAACAGUGGUGGGAGUUUGCACUACUUAAUUAGUGGUUUAUUUCAGUUUCUUUUGCUUUUAUUCAGAGUUAGGAUUAAAAAAUACAUGAAAGAAACAUAUAUUCUGUGUUUGGUCUUGGUUGUUUAUUAAAUUUUAUUAAAAAGUACGGAGUUUAACAGCACUUCUAGCUGCUUGCUAGAAGUGAGGAAAAUGGAGAAAGAUGCAGCUGCUACAGGGUUUCUUAAAGCUAAAUAGCUUAAUAGAGAAUUAACACUUAUAUUAUUUGUUUUUUUAACCUAAUAACUGAAUUGUCAUGACUCUUAGUAUGACACUGACUGACUAGAAACUACUACCUGAAACUCAUGAAGGAGAAGGAAGAUGAACACUGAAAGAGAUACUGCUCAAAAUCCUCCAUCUUCUUCUAUACCUAUUACUACACUGUAAAAACCUUAAAUUUAAACCUUUUACCGUGUGAAAUCACACACUUCUAUUUAACUGCACACCCGUGAUUUUAACUUCAUCACUCAAUUUUGGAAGCGUUCCCCAAGGCCUCAGGUGUUCUCCAGGGGGUCAGUGCCCAAAAGCACAGAUAGCUGGAAAACUCCAGAUUUCUGGGAUCCAGCAUCGGUGGGCUGGGGUGCAGCUCGUCCUUUUGGUGGUGUUUUCAUGCAGGACCAUAAACGGGGAAACCGGGACAGUUUCCAUGCUGUGGUGCUUUUUACCUGAGGGCAGCGAGGUGUUUGGGCUGGGCCUCGCUGCUCUCACCGUUGGCGUGAGGCCAGAGCCGCCGUGGCCACCCCAAAACACGCUGGGGGCCAUUCCUUGAACGCCCCGGGCCCGGCGGGACCUCACGGCCGCCCCUCAGGAGGCCCUGAAGGCGGCAGAGGCCUCGCCAGCCAUGGACUCGGACUCGGACUUAGACUCGGAGUUUGACACGGACGCUUCCUCCACGCCGCCGCCGCCGCCGGUGGCCAAGGACGGCCUGCGGCCCUCUCAUGGCACCCCCAUCUCGUUGUCAGGGUACCUCAAGUGCGACACGGACGACGCGAAGGAGGAAGGGACGGGCGAGGAGCUCUUCGACGGCGUCAACUCCACCAUCGUGUCCGGGGACAGCAUUCGCUUCUUCGUCAACGUCAACCUCGAGGGCCCUCCCAGUGCCACCGCUGAAAGUGAAGGUGCUGGCUGCGUGUUACUGCACACAUCAAGGAAGUACCUGAAAUUAAAGAAUUUUGAGGAAGAGGUCAGAGCCCAGCGAGACCUGGAUGGCUUCUUGGCCAGAGCCAGCAUCAUCCUGGAUGAAACAGCCACGUCCUUGGACGAUGUUCUCCGGGAGAUGCUGAAACACUUCGCCGAGGAUCCUGAGAACAUGGAGCCGAGCUGCAACUUCGAAAAAAUCAUGAACACUUUAUUCACAGAUUCAGGGACCCCACGGGAAGGGAACGGCACCCAUGAUGUUUCAGACUCAACAGGAAUGAAUGUACAAACAUGUCCAUCGCACCUCAAAUUUCAUCUCUUAUCAGACACAAUUCAAGGGGUCACAGCCACAGUCACGGGGGUGCAGUAUCAGCAGUCCUGGCUCUGUAUCAUUUGCACUAUAAAGUCCCUUCAGCGACGUCACGUUUGCAUCAGCCGCCUGGAGAGGCCUCAGAACUGGGGUGAGAACUCCUGUGAAGUCAGAUUUGUGAUACUGGUUCUGGCUCCUCCCAAGAUGAAAAGCACCAAAACGGCCACAGAAGUGGGCAGGACCUUUGCCACGAUGUUUUCUGACAUAACCUUCCGGCAGAAGCUCCUGGAAACCAAAACUGAGGAGGAGUUCAAGGAGGCCUUGGUGCACCAACGCCAUUUGCUGACGGUGGCAAAUCAGAGACCCUCAGGGAUGAAGGAUGGGCACAAGUCACACGGUAACAAACCACUCAAGCUGCACGACUUUCUCAAUAUUGGCAAGGGGAUUUCUGAUGACAUUGCACGAAGAUUCCCAGUGUACGCUCUGGACUUCACCGAUGGUAUUAUUGGGAACAACAAAGCUAUUGGAAAAUACAUCACAACCAUGAUCUUUCUGUACUUUGCCUGCCUCCUUCCAUCCAUUGCCUUUGGGUCCCUCAAUGAUGAAAAUACCCGAGGAGCUAUUGAUGUGAGGAAGACAAUUUUCGGGCAGUGCAUUGGAGGGCUGCUUUACGCCCUGUUCUCGGGGCAGCCCCUGGUUGUGCUGCUGACCACAGCUCCCUUGGCUCUCUACAUCAAUGUCAUCCAAGGAAUCUGUGACGAUUACCACUUGGAUUUCAGCGCUUUCUAUGCCUGGAUUGGACUCUGGAACAGCUUUUUCCUUGUGAUCUACUCCCUCUUUAAUUUCAGCCUCCUGAUGAAGCUCUUCAAAAGGUCAACAGAAGAAAUAAUUGCACUUUUUAUAUCCAUCACAUUCGUGCUUGAUGCCAUCAAAGGCAUUGUUAAAGUUUUUAAGAAAUAUUACCACCACGGGCACACAGGAGGUGUAAAAUCACGGGCUGAUGCUAUCCCAGGCCUGGGCAUCAACACCACCUUCUUGAUGAACUCCUCAGUGAGUGAGAACCAGACUUGCACUCACGAUGGGCACUACGGGCGUGAGACCGCCGUCCUCAGCCUGAUGUUGAUGUUGGGAACCCUUUGGCUCGGCCACACGCUCUAUCAGUUCAAGAAAAGCCCAUAUUUGCACGCCAGGGUACGCGAAAUUCUGUCCGACUGUGCCUUACCCAUUUCAGUCCUGACCUUCUCUGUUGUGGGUUCCUAUAUCUUCAAGGAAAUUGAAAUGUCCAAAUUUAACUACAACGCCUCUGACAGCUUGUUUGUGCUGGCCCCUGUGCAGUCCCUGUCCAUUGGGUCAGUGAUGAGUGCCAUGGGACUGGGAUUUCUCCUCUCCAUGCUCUUCUUCAUCGAGCAGAACAUCGUUGCGUCCCUCACCAACGCCCCAGAGAACAGGCUGGUGAAGGGCACAGCCUAUCACUGGGACCUGCUGCUCGUGGCACUGAUCAACACGGGGCUGUCGGUCUUCGGCCUGCCCUGGAUCCAUGCGGCUUUCCCGCAUUCCCCCAUGCACGUCCGGGCCCUGGCCUAUGUGGAGGAGAGGGUGGAGAGUGGACACAUCUACGAGACGAUCGUGAGUGUGAAGGAGACCCGGCUGACCAGUCUGAUGGCAAAUUUCUUGGUGGGGCUGUCUCUGCUGCUCCUGCCCUUCCCUCUGCAGUGGAUCCCAAAGCCGGUGCUCUUCGGCCUCUUCCUCUACAUCGCCCUCACCUCCAUUGAUGGCAACCAGCUCUUUGAAAGGGUGGCUCUGCUGCUCAAGGAACAGACUGCUUAUCCUCCGACCCAUUACAUCCGCAGAGUUCCCCAGAGGAAGAUCCACUAUUUCACAGGCCUGCAGGUCCUGCAGCUCCUCAUCCUCUGUGGCUUUGGAAUGUCACCCCUGCCUUACAUGAAGAUGAUCUUCCCCCUCAUCAUGAUAGGGAUGAUCCCCAUCAGGUACAACCUGCUCCCGAGGAUCAUCGAGGCCAAGUACCUGGAUGCCAUGGAUGCAGAGUACUGAAGGCAGCAGGGACAACUCCUUUGGGGCUGGAAAAGGCGUGGGACCAUCUCCUGCAGUUUUCUUUCACCACUUUCUUCGUGCUCUGACGUUGGCAAUGCACUCCUGGCACAGCUCCACGGGGCCUGUGCCAGACCAAGGGAGCCUUGGACUUGAGAGGACGAUGCUCUCUGGAGCUGUGAGGCGAACAAGCUUUAUGGAAAAUGCUACUUUCCACAUCCCCAACCACACAAACCCCAAAGAUCAGCCUGGCUGCACGGUUGGAGCAUCCAGAGUUGUCCUGUGUUCCCUUGUUUGAGGGUGGGGGGGGUUUUUGUAAUGCACCACAUCCUUCUCUUCCCCAACACUAAGAACAGCAACUGACCCUUGUUUUAUAGAAUGACAGCCCUGUCCUGGCCUUCGAAUCCAAUUCCCUGUGCACCCAGCAUUCCCAAAGUGGUGUUCUGGGUGGGAUGGCCUCCUGCUAAACCACUCAUGUCAGGAGAGAUGGUAGCUGUUUUCUCAGAUUAAUGGGUUUGGAAACAGUUGCAGUGUGUUCUGCUACAACCCACGGCUUUGGAUGAAUUUUUAAUUCCUGCAAAUGAGCUGGGAACAUUCAGGGGCUGGGCUCGCACUGCCCUGUGGAUGAAACCCCUUCUGGGUUUGAGCUGUUUGGGCAUUAGUUUGGAUCUUUCUCCCAUUUCUCCUGGGUAAUCAAACACAGAAUUGUAGGUUUUGCACAACUGCAGCAUUUUUUGCUUGCACCCAGAGGGCAGUUGUGUCGAGGUUGCAUAUACAUAUGUACAGUAGUGCCUAUGUGUACAUAUAUACAUAUGGAGUUGUGUAUAUAUUUUGCAUAGAUAUACAAAUAGGCCUGGUUCUUUCUAAAUUCACAAGUGUUUUGUGCAGUCAGUGUUACCCACCAUGUCCUGACCAUAUACUUGUUCUCUGCUUCAGUGCUGCUUUUUCUCAUUUGAGAUAUGGUCACUUUUAUUCCUUUGGAAGCUGCUCAGUUACUGGUUUUGUUCACGUGUUGCUUUAUUCAAGGUGUUUUCGUUGCUUUCUCCUUCCUGUGGCUUGAGAUCCUUCAUCAUUCUGUCUCGAGGCUCCAACAUGUGAAUUUUUCAUUUAAUUUUGAUGUACAGAAUGCAAUGAAAGUUUUCCUCUUUUCACCUAAUCAAUACUUACUUGUUGGUCAUUUCAUUGUUUCUGUUGUGUAGCUGAUUUCCAGUUUCCCCCCAGACCUUAUAUUAUAUUUCUGGAUGAAUCUUAACUUCUGCUGUCUUUUAUAUUUCAGUUUAUUUAAUUUUGCUUGUACUAUGGUCAGUUUUCUUCUUGGAGUACUGUGAAACAAGCUGCCCUUUAGUUCAGUGCUUGGCACAUCACAGGUCACAGCUAAAAAUGUUCAGAAAAUUGUAGGCCUCGGUGAUGAACUUUCAAAAGAGUAGAAAUGAGGGAAGAAGAGGAAUGUAAAAUAUGAAUUAAUCAGCACAGAGAAGUGCUUCUUACCAGUUACUUGCCCAGUAGAUGGUGCAGAGUUUUCUUUUCCUCCCACCCCAGCAUGGUGAGGGAGACCAACCCAGCCAUGAGGGAGGAAGGCUUUGGGUGCAAAGCUCCUGUGCUGACACUAAGCCAGGCUCAAGCCACUGCAAAUUUGGUGUAUUUGCACUAAAGAUCAGAAGGUAUUUAAUCUUUGUGGAGCUGCCCACAGCUCUUGAUCACGUGUGCAGAACUAAUGUUUUCAUUUUCUUACUAAACCCUUUGUAUUGAGACUCGAGGGAGGAGAGCAGCCAGAGUUCCUACAUCCAUGGUUUUAUAUCCCUGAGGGAAUUGUAGGGGAAACCCUUCAGCUUAGCAAGCAGAACAGUGUCACAGAUAGCAAAACCACAACUUUCACGUGGCACCAAGCUGGUGUGAGGAGUCUCGGGGUCGAGGUGACCACCCCAGGGCAUCAAGGCAGGGAAUUUGGCUUUCAGCAGCCUCGGGGGCAGCAGGGUUGGCUCCUGCCACGUCUGGCAAGAGCAGGUACAAACCUGAGCGUGGUUUCUGACCACUUUCCCCAAGAUUCCCUGGCUUUUGAGUCGUUUCUGUGGCAGGAUCACUCGGAGCUCUUAGCCAGGGUGGCAUGUAGGAACAGGGGCAGACAGGAUUUCAGAGGUGGCAGAACUCUGCCUGAUCUUCAGUCAACAGCAAAAGGGCAGGUGACAGCCAGCAGUUCAGGACCUGCUGGAAGCCAUGGAGUGCAGAGGGCUGCUGAGGCUGAAAUAACACGUUUUUCCCACAGAUGUCAAAAGAUUUCAGCAAAGCUGCAAUCAGAGGUGUCAUCCUCUGGCUGAGUAAAGCUGUAACAUGCACGUGUCCUGUGGGUGAAUUCCUGGUGUCUCCACAGGAGGAAGUCACCUUGUGGGGUGGUUUAAGUGAUGUUUUGGGUGCUGUGGCUGGAGGAAGGACAGGAUGUGCCCAAGGGAACGUGGCUUUGGUGCUCUUUGAGGCUCUGGGUGGGAAUUCCUCAGGCACAGAGCCAUAGUGAGGUAGACUGGCCUGCAGUUCUUGCCAGAUGAAAUAGUUUUGAGUUGCACCAUCCAUCCCCUACUUAGAAGGGCCGGAAAUGUCCCCAUUUGAAGUCUUUUUGAAAGAUCAAUUCCAGAGAGUGUCAAAUGUUGCAGAGAGAAUUUAAAAUCCAGGCAGCAGGGAGGGUUAAAUAUCCACCACAACUCUUGUUUAUGUCUUUUAUUUUCCUUCACCGGUGUGACUUCAGUGUUUGUAUUCUCUUUGUAGCAUCAGUAGGAUUCUGUUCUGCAGGGUUUUUUGUUCUUACAGAAGUCAGGGGCCAAAGAAUAGACUGAUGGGAAAUCAGCACAGCUUGAUUGGGGGGAAAAAAGGCUGUGCUGGAUUGGUUGAGCAUUUGGACCUAUGUCUCAAAGUUUGGGUAGGAGGGAGAUGUGAGACUCGAGGCCUCUUGUGUCAGAAGGGGUUUUCAUGAUCCUGCAGAGGAUUUGUUUUAUUUUUACAUGCCUUUUCUCUUCUUGUUUGCUUCUGGUUUUGCUGAUUUAAGUGCAGGCGUUUCCAGGAAGUAGCUGACUAGGGAAGGAGGGUUUGUUCAGAGUUGAUUGAGCACUUUAAUACUUCUGUGAAGGUUUAAGACAAUUAGAAUGUAAAAGAAGUUUUAUUAUAAGCUCUUUAUAUACGCACAAUGCUCUGUAUAACUGUUGCCAAAGAACUGAGUCUGAAAGGUGUCAAGAGGUGUUGGGCGAGUCCGUGGGGUUCACCUGGCAUUGCAAGGUAGGGAAAAGCUUCUGAAACGAGUGGAUUUUGGAAGUUGCCAUUUGACAGCUGCCACAACGAUCAGAAACUGGGGAUAGAAUAAAAUUCUACUCUCAAACUUGUAGUUUUUGAUCCUUGUGUUGAAUGUAGGAGCUAGAAGUGAGCUUGACAAUUAAAAUUGGAUUUGU